CUUUUCAUGUUCAAUAAGCCCUCUGUAUUAAAACACUUUAAAACUUCAUCAUCGUCAUCAUCAUCUCUCCAAUUUAAUUAUCAAUCUCUCUAUCUCUCUCUUUCUCUGCAAAUUUCUCACUCUCAUCUCCAUAAAAAGAUAUGGUACAAUCAAAGAAAUUCAGAGGCGUCAGGCAACGCCAGUGGGGCUCCUGGGUCUCUGAAAUUCGCCACCCUUUACUGAAGAGGAGGAUAUGGCUAGGCACAUUUGAGACAGCUGAGGCAGCAGCAAGAGCUUACGACCAAGCAGCUAUACUCAUGAAUGGUCAAAAUGCCAAGACAAAUUUCCCUAGAGGUGACCUGGAAGAGACAGGAAGUAAUCCUCAUCACUGCAAUAAUAAUGAUCAGUCUCCAUUGCCUCCCCAGGCUCUCUCUGAGCUGCUCCACACCAAGCUUCGCAAGUGUUGCAAAGACCCUUCUCCUGCUUCACUCACUUGUUUAAGGCUUGACAACGACAACUCUCACAUUGGAGUGUGGCAAAAGGGAGCUGGGUCUCAUUCGAGAUCAAAUUGGGUCAUGAAGGUAGAGCUUGGAAACAAGAAAACACAAGUGAUGGAGGAUGGAUCGUCACUGUCAUCAUCAUCACCAGCGGUUGGGAUGGAACCAGGAAAUAGUAUGGAUGAUGAAGAGGAUAGAAUUGCAAUGCAAAUGAUAGAAGAACUACUUAAUUGGAAUUGACCUGUGAGUCUCUAUGUAGCCUCAUCUUCAGGUGGGGUACGUACCUUCUGAUAAGACAUAUGAAUGCCUUCCUCCAGGUCUCUCUACAAGUUAUGCAUGUACAUAUAUCCUUGCUCAAUUUACCUUACAUAUCUUCAGGAAUUGUUACUUAUAACUAGUUAUAUUUUUUCUUGAUGUGUCAUCAGGAAUUACAUGUACGGACAUGGUGUGAUCUGUGUUGAAACUUUGUGAUAAAAUAUGUUUUUAGUUGUAAUAGAUGUUUUGAGUUGUUGA